AUGUUGGAGGAGAAAGAUAAAGAGAUUCCAGAGAGUGACAUGAACCUACGUAGAAAGCUUGAUGAGGGAAGACCUCUGAGGAAGGAGCUUGAGCACUCGAGAUCGAACUCCGAAAUGACGGAUAUAGCCUUGGAUCCGCCGUCCCAGUCCCAUGCUGACCGUGGAAUCUCACAGAUGUCGGUGGUUGCCGGAUUGCAAAUCGUGUGGUCGAGACAGUGCCACGUGGGAUAUGCGUCUGUGAAGACGGUGAUGAAUAUCUGUUGCGAGUCGAAGGAAAGGAAAGCCCGAUGA